UCUGGCCCCGCCCCCGCCCCCUCCCCGCCGCCCGCAGCUGCCGCGGCCCCGCGCUCGCCCGUGCCCGUGCCCGUGUCCGUGUCCGUGGACGAUGGUGGCGGCCCGGGGCGCUGCCGCCCGUCGCGGAGCGCUGCUAGUGUUGCUGGCCGCCCUCGGAUCCUUCCGUCUGCGCCUCGCCCGUGCCGCAGCGUCGUGUCCCCGGAGCCUGGACUGUGCCCUGCAGCGCCGAGAGUUCUGCCCGCCAGGGUCAGGUGCCUGCGGGCCCUGCCUGCCCCCCUUCCAGGAGGACGACCGCGGGCACUGUGUCCAGAAGCAGCUCUCACCCAGUGGACGGACCUCCAUUCCCAGCUUGGAGGCAGAAAUUGAUUUUCUCGCGGAUGUGCUGGCCAGGCAGGAGGCUCCUCGCCGUCACCCGCUACAGGAUGGCAGACCCAGGGCCACCCUGGUGCCCGACGGCAGCAGACAGCGUGCAGCCAGCAGGGUGAGAGAGGGGCAUCUGCAGCAGGGUCCCACUGGCACCAUGGCAGCCACCACCCUUCCCACCACCGCCACGGUCCAGCGGUACUCUGGGGUGGAGGCAUCCCCCAUCCCUGCAAAUGACAACAUCGUGCUCGGGCUGAUCGUGGUGUGCACAGUGGCUGGGAUCUCAGCGCUCAUCGUGGCAGCCAUCUGCUGGUGCAGGCUGCAGAAGGAAGUCAGACUGGCACAGAAAGCAGACUACUCAGCCCAGCGAGUAACCAGCCCCCUGCCCUACGACAAGAUCUCGGUAAGGCACCCAUGUUCCUCCCUGUGGGGUGUUUGGCACUCGGGCCCCAGUGCUCUGCUGGAGGGAUUCUCACAUGGAGGAGGCCCCCCACCAGCCUGGCUGGAGCCUUCCAAAGCCCAGUCUUCACAGCUGUUCCUGCUCUCUCCACAGCCCGGGGAUAAGACGCUGGCUCAGAGUGCCCAAAUGUACCACUACCAGCACCAAAAGCAGCAGAUGCUCUCCCUGGAGAAACAUAAAGAGGAGCCCAAGCUGCCAGACUCGGCAUCAUCUGAUGAGGAGAAUGAGGAUGGAGACUUCACUGUGUAUGAGUGCCCUGGGCUGGCUCCGACCGGAGAAAUGGAAGUGAGAAACCCGCUGUUUGACGACUUCUCCUUACACCCCUCCAACCCCAAGUCGCACCAGUAACCACCCCGUCUCCUGCGCCUGAGCUUGCUACCGACCGUGCCCGCGGCCGUGCCCGGCGGGAUGACCGUGCCAGAGGGGGACCACAGUGGGCCCGGGGGAGGCUGGCCCCGCGCUGCCAGACUGUUUGACGCCUGCCCAAUAAACACCCACUAACAGCUAUGGCGGGGAGGGGAUGGCCCCUGUUUCCAGCGUCCUUGUUCUCUUUGCUGCUGUGAUUGCGUCCCUGCAUUGCCCUUUGCUCACAGCUCUCGCCGUUGCAGGGGGGCGGCUGCUUUGGAACAGAAAUCUGGGGGAGGAGGGGCGGCUGCAGCACUGUCCCUUUCUAGUUGGCUUUGAGGAGGAGGCUGCUUCCCUGGCUGCAGCUAGGCUGAUGCAUAGCAGAUAGGAAGGAAACAGAGAGAGGGUCAGAAAGCAGGAGAGGGCCAGGAGGGCUGGGCAUGCUCAUGCCUGGCAUCAGGGCUGCCAGCCUGCCCAGAGCCCCUCUGCCAGGGGUGAAGCCUUUCCCUGCAGCAGGUGGCAUCACUAAGGGCUUCAGUGCCCAUUCUGUCUCCUCCACGCCAGUCUGGCCAGCUCCUGGCAGCGGAAUAGUGCUCUCGGAGCCAAUGGCAGGAGCAGGAGCAGCUUGAGUAGGCACUGGCAUCACUCCCCAGGAUGCUCCUUCAGAUGCUGCCCGGUGCUCUGACCCCUUUAGGGGUGCUGGGCUUCAGGUCUCCUGGGGCAUGGACAAUCCCAGUGCCACUGUGGCCUGGCACUGUGUGCUGGCAGGGGAUGGGCUCUCUCUUACCACAGGCCUCAGGGGGGUAAAAGCUCAGAAAAAGUGUUCAAGGUUUUGUUUUUAAGCUCAUGUAGCUGUGGGGGAGGAAGGAACAGGACUGGAGGGAGCUGGGGUGGCUGAAAGCAGUAGCCAAGGCAUGGGGGCUUUGCUGUGCUGCCUCAAACCCCACAGAGCCCAUGUGCUGGCAGCAUCCCUGUGGAGCCUGCCACUGUGUAUUCUUUGGGCAUCCCUCUGUGGCGGGUGAGUCUCCACUGCUCCAUCCCAGGCAUGUCUUGGGCCUCAGACACUCCCUGCACCUCUCUGUUACCCAUGUCUGGCCUCACCAACACCUUCUUGCUUGGAGCCCAGUGCUGCUCCUCAAACCCUCGCAGGUGCAUAGGCCAUAAACCCCUCCAGUAGAAGGCCCAGAAAAGCAUUUGGAUUACUUUGCUCAGGUGUGGCUUCCUGUCCACACCCUGUUGUGGACUGUCAUGGCCACCUGUUGUGCUCAGUGGAGCCAUUGCACACUCAGGCAGGCAUGGGCAGGGCAGGCAGCAGUGGCAGGGAUGUGCUGGUGAGUGGUAGAGGCAUGGGACUGUCCCUGUCCCUGGCGGGGUGGCUGACGGAGGCCAUCACGGCACAGAUUCUGUCCCCACGUCUCGUGCUCCCCCUCCCCUGGGCUGCUGCCACUCUCCCCACACCUCUCGUUGUUAUUGUAUGAACUGUAGUUAUUUUAAAAGAUUUUAUUAAACGACCAUGUUUGAGACCCA